AUGGACAAUACAGUUACUAACGAUUCAGAUGAAUCCAAGUUAUCCAAAGAAGAGAAGUUGAAGAAAAGACGCGAGCAGCUUGCGCUUUGGCGGCAAAAAAAGGAACAAGAUCUGAAGAAUGGAGAAAAAGAAAUGAAUUCAAAUGCAACAACAUCGUCAGACGAUAAACAGAAACUCAGGCAACAACGUAUGGAAGAAUGGAAGAAGAAACGAGCACAGGAGACUAAGAUAGAUUCGAAGGAAUCUGUAAAAGAGUCACCGAAACAAGAGAACUCAAUCUUAAAAAGAUUGGCCUCUAGCAUCAAGAAGCAGGAGCUUCCAUUUACAAAGAAAAGAAUACUAUUCGAUGAAGAAGAGGAAGACGAAUCGAAGAGAAAACCUAAAUUCAAGAAGCCAACUUUAGAUGGUCAUACUGAAGAUUUGCAGCACAGAGAAGAUGACCCCAAUGGAAAAAUAGACGAACUUGAUGAUUUUAUAGCUUCCCUUUCAAAACAGGAGUCUAGCUCCAACGACAUACCUUCUCAAAUAAUUGAAGAUGAACAGUUAGAAGUGGAAAAUGAAGGUGACUCUGAAGAUGAAGAAAUAGACCAAGACAAGAAACAGCAGGAAUUACUCUCUUCCAAGUUCCAGAAACUUCAGAAUGAGAAACAGUUAGAAACUAUAGACCAUUCUACUAUGAACUACUCUGACUUUAGAAAGAAUUUCUAUCAAGAACCAAGUGAGAUUCAAAAUUGGACAGCUGAACAAGUGGAAAGUAUCAGACUAGAAUUGGAUGGGAUAAAGGUGGCUGGUUCAAAUGUUCCUAGACCGGUUUUGAAAUGGUCUCAUCUAGGAUUGCCUGCUUCAUAUAUGAAUAUCAUUGAAGACAAACUUGAGUACAAGGCUCCUACCUCAAUUCAAUCUCAGGCUCUUCCUGCUAUUAUGUCUGGAAGAGACAUUAUUGGUGUAGCCAAAACUGGCUCGGGCAAGACGUUAUCUUUUGUACUUCCAAUGUUAAGGCAUAUCCAGGAUCAACCUGAUUUAAAAGAUGGUGAGGGUCCUAUUGGUUUAAUAUUGUCUCCUACCAGAGAGCUAGCAGUUCAGAUUCAUAAGGAGAUCACUAAUUUCACGAAGAGAUUGGGAAUGACAGCUUGCUGUUGUUAUGGAGGAUCUCCUAUUGAAUCACAAAUUGCGGAGCUAAAGAAAGGGGCACAAAUAUUGGUAGGAACACCAGGUAGAAUCAUAGAAUUACUAGCUGCUAAUAGUGGCAGGAUAACAAACUUACGAAGAGUAACAUACGUUGUAUUGGACGAAGCUGACAGAAUGUUCGACUUGGGAUUUGAACCUCAAGUGACAAAGAUAUCGUCACAGAUUCGGCCUGAGAGUCAAACAGUUCUUUUCUCAGCUACGUUUCCCAGAAAAAUCGAAUUGCUAGCCAAACGAUUACUCUAUAAUCCGUUAGAAAUUAUUGUGGGAGGUAUUAGUGUCGUGGCAUCUGAGAUCACUCAGAAAGUGGAGCUAUUUGAGAAGGGCGAGAGUAGCCAGCUAGAAGAUGAGAAGUUUGACAGACUACUCAAUAUUUUGAAUGUUUUCUCGAUAGAGUCCAAACACAGCAAAGUAUUGAUUUUUGUCGAAAAACAGUCUGCUGCCGACGAUUUGCUAGUCAAGUUGUUAGGAAGCAACCACCCAUGCCUAACAAUACAUGGAGGUAAGGAUCAAAUUGAUAGAAAGUAUGCUAUUAAAGAAUUUUCAUCCAAAGAUAGCGGUGUAGAUAUUUUGAUCGCAACCUCCAUUGCAGCCAGAGGUCUUGAUGUCAAAGGGUUAGAUCUUGUAAUCAAUUACGAUCCACCUAAUCACAUGGAAGAUUACGUUCAUCGUGUUGGUAGAACUGGUAGAGCAGGUAUGAAAGGUACAGCUAUAACCUUUGUUUCUUCAGAUCAAGAAAGACUGGUUACAGAUCUAGUCAGGGCCAUGACGAUGAGUAAGAUCCCUGAGGAUGAGAUUCCCAGCAGAUUAAUAGAGAUAAGGAACCAAUUCUUAGAAAAAGUUAAGGCUGGUAAAUUUAAAUAUAGUUUUGGAUUCGGUGGCAAGGGUUUGGAAAAAUUACAGCAAAUCAGAGACUCUACUAGAAGCUUACAAAAGAAAGAAUAUGGGCCAAAUGACGACGAUGAUGUCAAUUUUGUUGCGGACAAAACCAACGGUACUGCUAAAAAAGAUGGAGCUACUUCUUUACCGGCUCUGGAGGUCGCCGUGGAUUUGCCUGACUUCCAGGUUAUUGAAGGACGAGCACCAGAAACUUCUGGUCCAGACAAGAGUAAAUUCCAUUCCAGAAUCACCAUCAACGACUUACCACAAAGAGCUCGUUGGUUUGUGGUCAAUCGUGAUAGCUUGUCGAAGAUAAUUGAGUCUACAUCGACAUCGAUAACAAACAAAGGUCAAUACUAUGCACCCAACGUCAAGGUUCCACAGACCGUUACGGUCAAUGGAAAGGAAAGUCCAGCUCCACCAAGGUUGUACUUGCUUGUAGAAGGGUUAACAGAGCAAUCCGUUCGCGAAGCUAACUCAUUGAUUAGAGACAAAAUGAUAGAAGGAUUGGAGGUAGCUUCUAAGGAACUGAAUAUGGCACCAACGGGUAAGUACAAAGUAUAGAAGUUAUAGAGUAUUGAAGCUGGAUAUGAUAGAAUAGAACAUAGGAAAUUAGACUGAUAGG